AUGUGCCAUGCUGACAACCCAGCUCAUACGGCUUGGCCUGUGAAGUCACUUCACGCUUCAGACUCAGCUAGGCUGGGUGCCCGAUUCAACACUCCAAGCAUCAAACCCUCACGCCACGUUCAACAGUCCCUUUUUAUGAUGCUUGAGGUCAUCCUCCACUCUCAACCACCAUGCGUCUUUUUCCAUAGGCAUAUCUCCCUCAUAACAUAUUCUACACAUCUAUCGACUCCAAAACUAUACAACCCACCGUGUCCAUUUCCUCCCAGCACGCAUCUACAAUUCAUCGUUCUCUCAAAUGGAGUCGCACACCACAACCCGGUUCCCACUACGCUUCAGCAGUUUAUUCUGGAUCAAAUCGCAAGUGAGUACACCUGUCUUCGGCCAGGUAUCAGUGCUGAGUCUUGCCAUACUUCGCGUCAGGUUGAAAUUUCCGAGGCCGAGCCAACCCCCAAAUUCACACAUUUCAACAGUGACGUUAUAGUCAAUACCACAUCACCCCGAGGUGUCAGUAUUCUCAUAGCAUCAAAUGCUGCUCAGAGUAGCAUUCGAACUCAUAAUGCAUACAGGAUUGAGGGUACAGUAGCGGCCGGAGCUGGAAGCGUCGCCACCAUUUUCGAAGACGGUGGCAGUACCAUUGCUCUUCAGCAUGCUCAAUUUAUGCCUGAUGCUGUGGCCAAUAAAGUGUCGGCCCAAGGAAUCGGCCGCAUUGUCGAGUGGUCAUCACAGCCUGUGCCUGAUACAACAAAUCUUAGCGAAGUUAUCAAAGUACUCCACGAAGGCCGCGACUCAACAGGAAAGCAUCGUAUAGUUUUCCACGCUCACUACGUCGUCAACCACACUCUUGGCUCGACCUUAAGCCCCGACGCUUUGUCGGUCGGCAAUAUCAUUGUGCUUAGAGGAAAUUUUUCCAAGUACAACGCACAGGAUAACACCUGGGUUAUCGAAACCACCGAGGUUCAAUUGAUCUAUAACAGGCCUCAUUUUUAUGAGAGCGUGCGGCGGAUACUGAGAAAUCGCGCCUUACUUGCAGUCCAGGCUGAUUUGUAUUACAACGCCUUCCUACGCAUCACGUGCAUAUAUCCUACUGAUUUUGCCAACCAUGUAAUCUCUUAG